CUCGAUCCUUCACGAUCAUCCUCUUCCCUUAGUCAGUAAGGAUCAAGAAAACCACCGAAGAAUUAGAAAAAAUCAGAAGAGCGAUCAAAGGGGAUUUCUCAACCCCAUGGCUUCGUCGGCGGUCUCUAAUCUGAUGCUCGCCAUUCAUGAGAAGAAGACGAACUCCGUUGAUCUCUACCGUCCUUUCCGCAACUACGUUACUUUCACCUACUCUGAGCGCGAGGCUCAGCUUAUAGACGACGAUCUUGAAACCGUGAAGCAGCUCCGAUCCGAUUUAGAACGCGUCCCCGAUCCGUCUCCGGCAGCUCGGCGAGACCUUCUCAUCUCAUAUUACAAAGCCCUUUGUCUGGUGGAAACGCGAUUUCCAAUUUCCGCAGAGAAGCACCAGGUGAACGCCGUUACUUUCUUAUGGUACGAUGCUUUCAAGCAAAAGCAAAAGUCUACUCAGCAGAACAUUCAUCUUGAGAAAGCCGCUGUUCUCUUCAAUCUUGGUGCUGCGUAUAGCCAGAUUGGACUCGGUCAUGACCGCACCACCGUGGAUGGGCGUCGUCAGGCUUCACAUGCGUUCAUCGCUGCUGCAGGUGCGUUUGUGUACUUGAAGGAUAAUUUGUCAUCUAAGGCGGCGAUUGGGCAGAGCCUCACCGUGGAUUUGUCGGUGGACUGCGUGGGAAUGUUGGAACGGUUGAUGCUUGCGCAAGCUCAAGAAUGUGUGUUUGAAAACUCCAUUGCCAAAGGAAGCACCCCUGGUGUUUCUGCUAAAAUUGCUAGGCAGGUUGGCAUAUUUUAUGAGGAAGCUUUCGCUGCGCUAACCACUUCACCAUUGAAGGAACAUUUCGAGAAAGGCUGGAUUUCUCAUGUGCAGCUGAAAGCAGCGGUCUUCUACAGUGAAGCUUGUUUUAGGUAUGGAAAAGAGUUGCACGAGAAAGAGGAAAUUGCAGAAGAAAUUGCACGGCUGAGGAGCGGAGCCAGCCGUUUGGCAGAAGCAAAGAAGUCUUCAAGGGGAGCCCCUGCUCAGCUUAUAGAAGCGAUGAACACACUAGAGUCGAGCAUUAAUGUCAAUUUGGAUAGGGCUGUCAAGGAAAACGACAGAGUGUACCUCAUGAGAGUUCCUUCUCCUUCUUCUUUAUCUCCACUUCCCGCCUUCUCAAUGGUUAAGCCAAUGAACAUGACUGAGAUAUUGGAUGCAAGCAAGGAAAAGAUGUUUGCAAUCCUUGUUCCAGAUAGCAGUGCAAAGGCUCUCUCUAGAUACACUGAGAUGGUCGAUGAUGUAAUUAGAACUCAGGCGGAGAGAUUACAGCAAGCUAGCGAACUAACUCGAGUUAGGCUCAAAGAGAUGGAUCUUCCAGAUUCUAUUCUUGCUGUGGAUGGUAAUUCUACUCUUCCUGUUGAUCUUAAAGAAGAUGUAGAAGCUGUUCAGAUCAGUGGUGGUCCAGCUGGCUUGGAAGCUGAACUGCAGCAGCUUAGGGAUUUGAAGAGGGUUAAUCAGGAACUGUUGGUGCACACCGAAGAGCUUUUGCAGAAAGAAGCAACUGAAGACUCUCAGUUCAGAAGUCAAUUUGGGACUCGGUGGACUAGGCCUCAAUCUAGCACACUGACUAAGAACUUGCAAGAUAGGCUUAAUCGGUUUGCAGCCAAUUUGAAACAAGCUGGAGAAAGUGAUGUGAAGAUUGAGCGAUCCGUGAGAGAUAAUUUCGCCCUCAUGUCUAUUCUUGAUCGACGGCCGAUAGAGUCUGCUAUCCCAACUCUAGCUAGGCCAAUAAUGUCUCUGGACGCAACAGAGGAUGCUAUUGUGGGAACUCUGAAGCAGAGUCUGAGGCAACUGGAAAAUCUUGGUGCUCAGCGGGCAGGUCUUGAAGACAUGCUCAAAGACAUGAAAAGAAAAGAUGACAUACUGCCAAAGCUGAUGACAAUUACUGGCUCCUAUGAAGAUAUGUUCAGGAAAGAGAUAUCAAAGUAUGAUCACAUUUGUGAAGAUAUUUCCCAAAACAUUGAAGUUCAAGAACAAUUACUGAUGCAAAUUCAGGCUCAAAAUGAGGAGUUCUCAACUCUUUUCAAUCUUGAAGAUUAUAAAGCAUCCAAGGAUAAGUGCUACAAGCAGAUUCAAGCUGCCAUAAUGAAGUAUCGAGAGAUCAAGGAGAACAUCAAUGAGGGCCUGAAGUUCUAUGUCACUCUCCAAGAUGCAAUCACGAAUGUGAAGCAGCAGUGCAGUGAUUUUGUGAUGACAAGGAGUAUCCAGUGCCGAGAAAUGAUUGAUGAUGUGCAACGGCAGAUGUCUGGUCUGAGUUUUCAGGAUCGUAGAAGCUCCGGCCCAUACCCAUCUGUGCACCAACCAACGGCUUCAAGUCCGCCUCCUCCACCAGAAACUCAGAAUCCAUCUCAUCCUCACCCACAUGCACCAUACUAUAGACCACCUGAGCAAAUGUCAAGGCCUGGCUACACAAUCCCACCCUACGGUCCACCUCCGCCUUACCAUACUCCUCAUGGCCAAGCGCCACCACAACCGUACCCUCCUCAGACCCAGCAACAACCUCCAUCAUGGCAACAAGGCUCGUACUAUGACCACCAGGGACAGCAGCCUCGACCUCCUUAUCCCGGCCAGAGCCCGUACCCGCCUCCUCACCAAGGUGGUGGAUACUACAGGCAAUAAGUUACAUUGGGAGAAAUAAAGUGUGGUUUUAUAUUCCUAUUGUUGUGUUUUCUGUGAGUACUUGAUGGGUAUCUAUCCCUUUGAUAUGUUUCUUGAAUGAAAUUGAAUUUUUGUUUAAUAGUGACUCAAAUUCUUCAUUCAAAGUAGAGAUGAUAUGAUGGAUGAAAGUUGUGUAAAGCACAUUAUUCAUAUAUAUAUAGAUAAUGGUAAAUCAUUCCUUA